AGAAAUGCCCCGCCUGUGUGAGACCACCACAAACAACUCUGUUAUCAACGUCAUUGAAAGCACCGCUACGGCUGAUUUUUGUGUCAUGUCUAGAGACAGUAUAGUUAACAUUGCAGUUAACGACAACUACACUCUCUUCAAUAACAUAUCAUCAGAUUCGUCUUUGUACAAACUUAGCACUGAAACUGGAAACUCAAGCAUACACUACACUCUCCAAGUGUUUAAUGUAACCAGGGAAUCACCAUUGAACUACUAUGUAGUACUCGAAACAGAAUUUAAUUUGACUCUACGUUACAAUUUUAAUGUAACGUUUUUGGAAGGUAGAAAACAGUAGAAAGCAUACAAUGGAUGCAGCCAUUGUUUUAAAGUCGUUAAUUAGUCACAAUACCCUUGAACUUUUUAAAACUUUUUUUUACGGCAUUAAUAUUAUUACUACAACAAAUUGUAAUUAUAUAUAAAGGCACGUACAACAAUAACAUAAACAGUAUUCUUGAGUUUCCGCAUUGUAAGAGAUGCGAAACACCCUAUGAACAGAUGAAGUUGAAUACUUAAAUGAAUUAUUAGUAUGUUUUCAUCAAAACAGACUUCUUUAAGCCCCAUAAAUUAUUACUCGUUAUCUUUAAACGUGUAGAGAUGAUACAAGCACAUUGUCAUAACCGACCAGUAUUUUCCAAACAUUAGGAUAUGCUACAUAUGUCUUUAAUAAAUAAGCAAAUGUCUUAUCGAUUUAAAGAUUUUAAAAAAAAUCUUAGGUUUAAAAUUGUAAAAAAUAGUUGUAAAGAGUUGAUGAAGUGGCGAUACAAGGGAUUAGACUUAACUAAUUUUGUAUGAAAUUGUAUCAAGUGCUUUAAAUUAUUUUUAAACAAUUAUGAACAGGAUAAAUUCAUGUCUUGUACUUCGUGUACCACAGUUACAAGAGUUGAGAUACAUAAAUGUUAGAUUUAAAAUAUUUUUUCGAAUUCUGAUGUCAGAAAUUCCUAUUUUCUACAUAGUUAUAUUCAUUAACCCACAUUAGCAUUUAACAAGAAGAAAAAUUAGGGAAAAACGUAUUACAUUGUUAAUGAUAAGUAUAUCUUUACAAAAAAAUAAAUUUCCUAUUUAUUAUUGUUUUAAAAUGUAUUUAUUUAUUCAUCUAAGUUAUUGUAUAUAACAGAAUGUCUAGUAAGCACAGCAUAAUUUUUAAAAACAUUUUUCGCUCUCGAUUGAUAAUAGGCCCGGGUUCUGUGCAAUAUAAAAUUAUCUAAAAUAAUAAUAAUACUAAUACUUGCAGAAAACAUUUGUGCAAUUAUUUUUUUUAAAAAUAUAAUAAUAAAUUAUUUAUGUAAUGAAGGACAGUUAAACAUGUCCCUAAUUAUUUAUAUUUCCAGAUCACCCGAAGUUAUGCAAUGAAACCAAAAAUGACACUGCCAUAGAAGCUGUUGGCGGAAAGCUAACUGCUCAUUUCUGUCUUGUUACCAAAGAGAAUAUCACGACAAUCCGUGUAAAUGAGCAAUCCAUUUUCGAUGAAGUAUUAUUACCUUUGCCACGUUACUCGCUUACCAAUCAAACUCACCAUCAUUUUAAAAACUUCACGCUUGAAAUUCAUAACGUUACUGACGUCGUUACACACAGUUAUAAGGUCAAGAUUUUGACGAAGUCUCGAUUGGAACUGCAGUAUGCAUUUCAUGUUAGUCUUGGCAAACGUGAGUUCUUAAAAAAAGUUAUCAAUAUGACAAUAGGUUUAAUUUCGAUAAACUGCAUGCGUUUUUGUAUAAUGUUUAUGUAACAUAUGUUAUAACACCGAAAUGACAAUCCUUGGUGGUAACAUGUUUAACUAUACUGUAAUGGAUGGCGUACAUCUGCUCAUUGAAUAAUUGAUUCAUUUUCAGUGUCCACUCUUCAUACUUAAUUGUUUCUCUCUCUCCCCAAGAAGUGAUAACUUCCAGUUAUAAUUCACAGCACUUUAUAGCAUAUAAUAAAUACGUCAAAUAAUAAAACUUAUAAGGAUAUCCUUGUAACAAUUACAGGAUGCAGUCAAUAAUUACACACACGUUCAAUAUUCCACAUCAUGGUAAUUUUUAUAACCCAUACGAGAAAUAAUUUGAAAAUGUCUACCACCUUCAGGAAAGAGUCGUGCACUCCUUCUUGCUCUCUUAACGUGUAUUCUAUCUUCGCUGUAAAAAACAAGUUCUCUUUUCUCGUGAAUCACAUCGUGUUCAUAAAAUCACUAUGCCAUCGUGUUGUGAGAAUGAAGAUUAGGUCGUGUGAAAAAUUCUGGUUAACUUGGUCUGUUACAGUUUAGUUCAUUUAUUUAUUUAUUUACACAAAGAACAUUUCCAACAGCUAACAUGUGUCUAAAAAGUGUUAAUUAUUUGCGGUCCUUUUCCUCUCUUUUGUAGAUGUGCCAAAGAAUUGUUCAAGUACUCAGAACUCAUCAAACCUUGUUUUUCUCGACAACAUCGCCACAAUUUCUCUCUGCGUGAAUAAAAGAACAUCCAUAUCAGAAAUUAAUUUCGAAAACGUCACAGGCGUUAAAUACGAUACCUCGGAAAUAGUGCAAUACACCAAUACAACAAUCCAUCUGCAUGAGGGUAUACAAUAUAGUAUAAAACUGUUCAACAUCACAAGAAAUGUACCGUUUGGAAUACGAGUCAAACUUCUGGAGGAAUCAGGCAACAUGUCUACGUAUAUCUUCUAUAGACAUUUUCCAAAUGGUAAGUUUAGUGAUUGUACUGUAUCCGUUGUGUAUGUGUUGAGUGAAAUAAUUUGUAUGUAUUUAUUUUGUUCAAUUGUUUGUAUAAAAUUCAAUGUCUAAUGUAAUGUAUUGGAGCAAUAUGUAAUUAUUAAACAAGAUAAUUAUUGAGAUACCAUUGCAGAACGUCCCCAGUUUACUUGGAUAAAACACCUAACAAAUAUAAACCUAGGAAUGAACCAUGCAUGCAAAUACGCGUUUUAAGUGAAGUAUGGUUUAUGCAUGUUUCGAAUAUAUUUAAGGGAAUUUUGCUGUGCGUUAUUUUUUUCAGAAAAUAAGCAAACUACCAACGCAGAAGAAAUGCAGCAUUUAACUUAUGUAGUUCCAAUAACAACAGUGUUUCUUAUUGUUAUAAUGGUCUUGAUAGGAUUUUUUGUGUUUUCGAAACGUAAAGGUAAGUUAUUCGCAACUAUACCUGUAUGUAUAUAUGUAUAUAUAUUAUAUGUAUAUAUAUAUAUAUAUAAAUAUAUAUUUAUAUAUAUGUAUAUAUUAUAUAAGAAAAUAGAAAUUUUUUAUGCUAUUUACUUAGUUUGCCAUUGUUAAAAACGUAGUUUUAAUAAGCUAUUCUUUGAAUUAUUUCAUUCUCCAAGACCUGAAGAGAAAAGAUUCAUUUUUAAAGACGCACGACGAAUUCGUUUACGAAGGUCUUCACAAGGAAUUAAAACAAUACCUCAGCAUGAGGCAAGACAAGCAAAACUCGACAAUCCAAAGUAAGGAUUCAAGUUCUGAAGACAUUGAAGAAGACGAUGAACACACUGCACUUCAUUCAAUGUUCGAAUUUCAGCCACGCUCUGUUUACGAACACGUAUUAUAGGCAUUUCAACUAUAUCACCAUUGAACAAAAAAUGCUUCUGAUUAAAUGUUCAAGUAUUUCCUUGUGUAUUAAAAUUAGCUUACUUUGACCUUCCACUGUAAUCAUAAUAUCAAAAUGGUGGCACCUCUUUGGAUUAGUAAAUUCAUUAUCUGACAACAAUAACAGUCCUUGAUGUUGACAUGCCGGAUCAAUUGUUACUACCCAUCUUUUGCUAACAUCCAAAAAAUUGUAAUUAAAAGAGUGGGCGGGUUUACAUUAACAUAUUAUGAGGUGGCAAAUUUGUACAUCCACCUCAUUUUUUUAAAUCAAUAUAAGUGAUGUGAAAUAUUAAUAACUAAAUCACCGCCUUACAACGUUAGCGUAAAAGCCCAAAACAAAACCUUUGGUAAGGUUUCUAGAACGGCGUUGAUCAAUUGGUGUUCCGUGGAACGGUGACGGUCUGUCAUCAAUAAAUCACUGGUCCUCAAAGCCCUGCCGGCGAGGGUACCUCUUACUAAGAGUGGUGAACACGUAACAUAUGUAUAAAUAAUGCGACUGUCAAUCUAAGGCAUUGGUUAGGGAGCGAAAUUGAAACCAACUCUUCCUCACAUUGUCAGGAGAUUUCCGUUUUAGCACGUCCUUUCGAGAAAAUUAAAAACAACAUAAACAUAAAAAGAAGCAGCACACAUCAUUUUACUAGAUGAAGCAUGGGUUAAUACAAGAAUGCAAAUUGAUGUAAAUAUAUCAUAGUAUUUCAUUUUUUGAUUUAUGUUUUGCAUGAGCUUAACUAUAUUCUUCACAAAUGUAAUCGAAACAUUAUCAUGAAAUUGAC